AUGAGGCUCUGGACCCUGACUCUGUUCUGGACCCUGGCUCAGGUUUGGACUCUGCUGCGGAUCACUGCUGCAGAGCUGGACUAUGACUCUAAUGGACAGGGCAUGUAUCUGAGCGGGGAUCACAUCAUUGCAGGGCUGUUUCCUCUAUUUAAAAACAACAAGCACGUAGGAGGCCAGAUAGCCCUGGAGCCAUGCAACAAUGUGCCUGAUGUGAUCCAAGCCUUCACUGUGUUCAGGGGGACUCCGAACAAGCACGGCUUCCACCUGAUGCAGGCCUUACGCUUCACUGUGGAGCAGAUCAACAACAACAGCCUGCUCCCCGGGGUGAGGCUCGGAUAUCAGAUCUACGACAUCUGCUCCAUCCCCGCGAGUAUGCUAGCUACUCUGGACCUGCUGGAACCCCAAUAUCGAGCCCUGUUCCCACCACAGGGCAGAGGAGGAGGAGGAGGAAGGGGUAUCCAGGAGGGGAGUAGAGAACCCCUGGCUGUCAUUGGACCAGACAGCAGCAGCAAAAGCUUUACUCCAGCCGCUCUUUUAGGCUCGUACCUCGUGCCACAGAUCUCUUACGAAGCUUCUAAUGAAUUACUCAGCAACAAGAACCUCUACCCGUCUUUCUUCCGCACAAUCCCCAGCGACAAGAACCAGGUGACGGCCAUGAUCGAGCUGUUGGUCCGCUUCAACUGGACUUGGAUCGCUCUUCUGGGUAGUGACAACGACUACGGUCUCCACGGAAUGCAGUUCCUCACCCAACGAGCCCCUCUCUACGGCAUCUGCAUCGCUUUUCAAGGCAUCAUUCCGUCUGUUUCAGCCACAUCUGCAACAAAGAUGAGACAGCUAGUGGAUGGCAUACUUGCGACUAAAGUCAACACGAUUGUGGCGUUUUCAAGCAAGAGUAUAUUCAGAGGGUUUGUGCCUUACAUCAUUGAGAAAAACGUCACCAAUAAAGUGUGGAUAGGAACUGAAGACUGGUCGAUGGCUCAGCUAAUUUUGAGCAUUCCCGGCGUCCAAACAAUUGGGACGGUGAUAGGAAUAUCGGUGAAACAAGCCGAUUUGGACGGGUUUGAGGAAUUUGAGAAAAGAGAUUUUGAGAAGUCCAUGCAAUACAAUGGGAGUGUAGAUAGUCCCACUGUCGAUCUGCUCUCCCCCCUGUCGCACUGGAUUCAAGAAAGCAUUAACUGGACAACACUCCUGCUGUUUUGA